AUGAUUUUAUUUAGUAGGAUUCUUUAUUGCUUUUCAUCUGAGAAGAAGAUCCUUAGAUUCAUCAAAUCAUGUAGUAGUCCAAAAGAAGUUUAUUAAAUUUAUCACAAAAAUUAAGAACAUUUUACUCCAUUGUUAUUUUUGGAAUCUUUGAAACAUAUGAAUACAAAUCCAAUUAAAAAGAGAUUUGAUUUAAAUGAUGAUUCUGCAUUCUAUGAUGAAUUAACUGAAAUAUUUAAACAAGUACCUAUGCAAGAAAAAUGGAGAUUUUGUAAUAUGUUUAAUCUUAUUAUUAGAUAGAUGUGCAAGUUGCUAAAAUUGGAAGAAAUAAAUAAUUAAUCAAAUAAUAUGGAAGUGAUUUAACAUGCAUUAGAGUUAAAUAAAUUGCUAUUCUAUUAUGGGGUUAUCAUAAAAAUGGUAUCAAAAAACCAAGAGUAGUCAUUCAUCUUAUAGAUUAACUUCAAUAAAAUUUAGAUGCUUUAAUUCCUGUUUCUGAAAAACCUGAAAAUAUACAAACUUCUAAUGAUAAUUCAAAAUCAGAAAAUUAAGAAGAUUAAGAUAUCAAUUAAUCAGAUGAAGAAGAUGAUUUUUUAGAAUAACAAUUAGAAGAGGAUUUAUAAUCAGAAAGUAGAGUACUAAAAGAUUUUAAAUUUAAAUUUAAAGAUUUGGUUCUCAUUAUUUGGGCAAUUCAAGAUAUCAAAUUAGAUGCUUCUGCAUUAUUAAUAUAUACAUUUAAAUUAGCCAUAAAUAAUUUUAAUAAAAAAGACUUAAUUACUAAUAGAUCAUUAAUUCUACUUUUAUAAGCCACUAUUAAUAUUAAAGAGAAUAAAUAAAUUAAUGCUGUAUUUAUUUCUAUUUAUACUAGUAUUAAAAACUUGUUAUUCAAAAUCUAGCAGAAUAAGAUCUCUCUAAUGAAGGAAUACUUUAAUUGCUUUUACUUUUGAGAACUCUAGGUUAAUUAAAAUUAAACCCUGAAUUUGCUUAAAAAUUAGCCUAUAUCAUGCUCAAAAAUCAAGAAAAAUCUAAUUAACCUUUUUCAUCAAAAUUUGCUUCCAUUAUGAUUUGGAAUUUGAAUAAGUAAUUUCUUGUUAUUAUUUAUUUUAAGACUUGGCAUCACAGAUACUGAUAUUUACAAUAAACUAGGACUUCAUUUAACUAAAAGUAAUGAAUUUAAAGCUAUGGAUAUCAGUUAAGCCAUUUUGAUUUAUUCACUUUAAUAAACAAAAUCUCCUUAAUAUUAAUAAUAUUAAUUUAUUUUGAGAUCAUUAAUAAGCAAAGGUAAUAUGAUUAAAUUAGACCCAAGAAGUUAAAGCAUUAUCAGAGAAUCCUUAGAAUAAUAUUAGCCUCAUUUAAUCAAAUUAUUAAAAAAAUGA